AUGGCACGGCGCAAGUCGGGGCUGGUGGACGAGGGAUCCGACUCGGAUGACUCGAUCCCAUCGGACGCCGAGGUAUCAAGGCACCAUGCCCCAUCGUUUGUGCCGGGCGGGCGCUCGGCCUUUCCCAUGUUUGUGAGUGCGUCGCAACACACCGAGACGCCCAUGGACGAAGACGACGACGAGGCGACACAGGCCUCAACGACGGAGCCUGCGCCAACAUGGGCCCGUCGUACACCCGGUGCUGGCCUAGGAGCGCCUUUCGCAGUGGAAGAAGAUGAACUGGACGCGGCACCACGCGUCGGAUUGGGCCGGGGCACUGCGCACAAAGACACGGACGGCAGAGCACCGGUCGGCGCGGCGCCCGUACCCGCCAGUGCAGGUCCCGCCCUCUCGCGGACGUCAGGCUCAGGCGCAUUCGACCCUGCUGCGUAUAUGCGGCAGAUGGGCUGGACCGGUGGCGGUCUCGGCAAAGAGGGCGAGGGUAUCGUGAAUCCCAUCGAGGUGCAGAUUCGCCCGAACCGCGCUGGUGUAGCGUUUGGCGGGCGUCGUGAGAAAAGCAAGCAGGCGCGCGUUGAAGAGCGCCGUCGUCAGGGCCUGCCGCCAGACAGCGACGACGAAGCAUCGACGCCCACGAGCGCUGCGCCCCCUGUCGAGAAGGUCUGGAAAAAGGCACGUAAGGUACGCAAGCCCACAGUUGUGUACCGCACAUACGACGAGAUUGUGGCCGAGGUCCGCCCUGAUGUGGAAGACGGCCCUAUUCUGGAUGCGACGGGUGAGCCGAUCGCGGGUAUUUCGUCAGUGGCCGAGGCGCUGCAGCGCCACCCGGUGCCUACGAGCGAAAGCGCGCAGCUGCCCGAGCUGCGGCACAAUCUGGCGCUGCUUACACGUGGCCUGAACGAGUCCUUGAACAAGCUGGCGCACCAUGGCGCUGGCCUGCGCGACAGGGCGCGGUGGCUGCAGCGAGACCAGGAAGCAUCGACGCUGCGCGCGCAGCAGAGCCGCGAAGACCGUGCGCGGGUCGCCUCGACCGUGGACGCAGUGCGUGCGCUCAGUGCCGCGGCCACGAAGGCUCGCUCGCUCGCAGAUUUGCAGGGACCUGCGCUGCGUGUCAUGGAAGUGGAGCGUGCCCACAUGGCGCAGUGGCGAUUGGACGAGGCCAUGGCCGGCGCGCUCGUCCCCGUGCUGCGCAGGGAUCUCGCCUCGUGGGAGCCCCUGGCCGAGCCGCUUCGCUUUGUGACGGAGCUCGCGGCGUGGGCGUCGGUGCUGCGGCCUACAGACAGUGGUACUGCAGAGCGCCCAAUGACGCCGUAUGAGAGUGUCCUGUGGAACCUGUGGAUGCCCCGCGUACGGCAUGCGCUGACGAAUGCAUGGAGUGCACAUGAUCCUGCACCCGCCAUUGCACUUGUCGAGGCAUGGCGCGACGUAUUACCCGCGUUUGUGCUCGACAACGUGUUUGAGCAGCUACUCAUCCCCAAACUGCACAAAGCCGUACAGGCAUGGACGCCCAAGCAGGGCGUGGCGCUGCAUACGUUUGUGCUGCCGUGGCUGCCCGUAUCGGAGGCGCGCCUCGUGCCGAUUCUUGGCGAUACGCGCCGGCAGUGGCGUCACGCGCUGAGCUCGUGGCGAGUCGCUGAUCGCGUUCCGCGCGAGCUACUGGCGUGGCAGGGUGUGUACACGACGAAAGAGUGGGAUGCACUCCUGCUUGAUCGUAUCGUGCCAGCGCUUGCGCGGGCGCUGCGCACACAGUUCCGCAUUGACCCGAGCGCGCAAUCCAUGGAGGUGCUGGAGCACGUCCUGGCCUGGCAGGGCGUGCUGCGGGACAGUGUGCUCAGCCGACUCCUAGAGACGGAGCUGGGCACACCAUGGCUCCAUGUGCUGCAUCAGUGGAUCACGCAGGCAUCGACCAACUUGGCUGAAAUCGCCGCGUGGUAUGAGUUUUGGCGCACCUGGCUGCCGCCUGCCGUGGCGCGCCUCGACGGUGUGUCGCACAUGUUCCAGCGCGCGCUGCAGCACAUGAAUGCAGCGCUGGACCGCGGCGCCGAUCGCAUACACCUACCGCCACCAUCGACAGCGCCGCUCAAGCGUGCCGACGCCGCAGCGGCGCCGCCCCGCACGGCGCGGCACCCGCCGCCCACGCUCGAGGACGUCACGUUCCGCCACGUGCUUGAAGAGGUGGCUACGGCGCACGACUUGUUUGUGCGCCCGCUGAACCAGCUGGAAGCGACGACGGGCCUCGCGCUUUUGCGCAUGUCGCUGCAUGUCGAUGGGAAGCAGGGGACAACGUUCUAUGUGGAUGAUGAUGUUGUGUUUGUGGCGGACGAUACGGGGGCCGAGCGGACUUACGAGCCCAUCUCCGUAGGGGAGCUGGUGCACCGCGCGCGCGCUGAGACGUAG